GAUUCAAAUUAUGAAUAUCUGCUUUUAAGACCCCCGACGAUGCUGUGACCUCUCUGAUGUCAUAGGAUGAUCUCUGAAUAUUCAUGCCAAUUAUUCAAGAUMUAAGAUGGCACAAUCCACCUUAAAAGCUAAACCCUUAGAAAACGUUGCCAUAACCGGUGGUACUCAUGGUAACGAGUUGCUAGGGAUUUACCUAGUUCGUCACUGGAUGACCAAUGACACAUCAAUCAAACGUCAAUCAUUUAACACUCAUCUUGGCUUAAACAACACACGCGCCAUCGARAAAUGUGUGCGAUACAUCGACACAGACCUUAACCGUGUAUUUUCCAAGGAAGGUGUAAUCCCGAAUGAUCAAAAUGUCUACGAACUUCAAAGGGCGCGUGAAAUUCAAAAGUGGGUUUUGGAUAGAAAUGUCGACUAUCUUAUAGAUGUACAUGACACGACUGCCAACACAGGAGUUACCUUAAUCCUUACCCCAUCGGCCGCUGAUAACAUGCUGACCCUACAGAUUUUGGCUAAAGUCAAGGAGAAUUUGGAUUUUCCAGUCCGAGUGUUAAGCUUUAAGUCGAYUUCUAUAGUGAAAGACAAAAAAGGCCAAAACUCAGGAGRUGGRGUUCUAGAGCUGACGGGAAGUGGACUGGSACUAGAAAAUGGCCCAGUCUCUCACGGCACCAUCAAAGCCSACAUGUAUCAACAGACUGCUACAGUGAUUGGAAAAGUUCUGGAUGUGAUUGAGGAGUUCAAYAACGGCCUUGAACUCAAUGGUGAGGACCUUGAGGUGUUUGAAKUUAGWGGAAUCAUGCAAUAUCCSAAAGAUARUAAUGGUAAUGUCAUGACCAUGAUUCAUCCCAAACUCGAUGGCAAGGAUUGGSUACCYAUCCAGCKUGGUGAUCCUAUUUUYAUGACAUUUGAUGAAARGACCAUCAAGCAUGAAGAUGAACAGGAGAUUAUACCAGUGUUUAUCAAUGAGGCAAGCUAUGUAGAGAAAGAUAUUGCAUUUUUUCAGGUGGAAAGAGUUAAUGUUAAACUAGAAUCUGUUCAAAAGAUUUGAGUUUUGUAAACGCUUAACCAGGAUCAAAAUACACCAAUCAAUGGGCUAUUCCAUAUAAUAUCCGUACCCCCCUUUUGAGGACCUCCAUUAAAGAAUUUUAGAGUAGUCUGAACCUGAAGAAAACAAAACAGAAACCAUCUGAGCCCCUGAAGAAAGCUUCCUAACUCCUGGAGAAAGCUUCCUAACCCCUGAAGAAAGCUUCCUAACCCCUGAAGAAAGCUUCCUAACCCAUGAAGAAUUAUUGCAUUAUUUUCCAUGAAGAAUUUAGGUCCUCAAAAGGGGAGAGGGAGGGAUACUAAAUUGAAUAGCGCAUUGCAGACCAAGGUAGAAAGGUUUCACAAAGACUUAGCUCAUGAAGACAUUUUCGUUGUUUAGUGUUUUUAUUGUUAGUCUAAUAUUGAACACAGACCGGUGAUGUAGGUGCACUUUACUUUCACAAUAUAUCAUAAUUCCUCAAAAACUGUAUUCACCAAUCAAUAUUGCAUUUACACGAUUCUGCAUUCGUCUGUCUUGGCAUCGUAACACAAAUAGAGUCCAAUAAAACCAUGAUAUCACCAUU